CGGCGGUGGUUGUUUGUGACUUUGAAUUUUGGAUGGUUGGAGUUUCUUGUUUAUGUUGCGUCGCGCAACUGUUUUUUACCCAAAAAAAAAACAGUAUCACCUUUGAAAUCGAUAUCCACUGCUUGAAUAGAGGCAUGCGUCAUGUCAAUCCUCGCGCAGUCUACCUAUUCUUUGGGAUACUACGACCUACAACUCCACAAACUGUUCGACGACGUGGAUUAUCGUAUGGGACGACCAGUUUUAUCCGAUGCCGGGAAUGUGGUCGAAUCGCUCCUUCAUGGCCUGUAAUGUCAUCCUUCAUUGCUCCCAGUCACCGAUCCAGCUUAUCUUCCCGGCAAAAGCUUUCUGGUGUAUUACGCCUACUAUCUACAGCUCCUAAUGAAUCAUCCUCUUCCUCAUCCUCUUUCUUCUCCUCGUCCUCCUCUCCCAACCCAACAUCUUCCUCGUCUUCCUCUGACACCGUGCAUCGAUCUCGUCAGCUGGCCGAGCUUGCAUAUGCGACCGAAAAACUGGCAAGGAAAGGAAAAGCGUCCGAAGCUCUCGAUCAAUAUUUUCAAUUAUUGAAUAAGGGGGGUUUUCCCAAUCGUGAAACUCUUCAUCGGCUAGCCCUUUCUUUAUAUCGAUCGCAGAAUCUCGUUGGCAUGACGGCAUUGCACGACACGGUCGUAGUAUACUACCAAUCGAAUCGAAUAUCGAACCGACGUGCCGAUGCUCUGCGCUAUAUUUAUACCAUGUUUAUUCAGAUGCUUGUUUCUCGUCCGCCCGUCCACCUUCCUACCAUCAAGAAACUGUAUGACGAAAUGGCCGCUUUUGGCGUGCGUGGUAACGUCGUCCUUUACAACAUUCUGCUGAAAUUUUUCUUGGAUCACAAGGACACCGCAGCCGCCGACGCCCUGUUCAAAGACUUGCUGGCGAAAAACUUGAAACCCACUAUUUAUACCUAUUCUAUAUUAUUGACCGCCGCGGUGCGACAACGAGAUUUUCGUCAGGUGGAGUCCUGGUUGGAUGAUAUGCUGCGACGUGGCAUUCGACCGGAUCGAGGAAUUGUCAGUGGCAUGGUCACCACACUAUGCUUUCUGAAUGAGCGUGAUGCUGCGGUUCGGUUAAUUGAGGCUCUUUUCCGGUAUGAUCAGUCCCAUUACCUCAUUGGCACCAAAUUUCGUCAAGACCUCUUGCUUUACGUUAAACGGCGACGACGGAUAAGCAGGCGAUACAUGCAGAAGCGGUGGGGAAGACGACAGCAAGAUAAAAGGAAGAAAAAAAGCGCCAUAACUUUUGUAAAAUAGAAUCAAAUAGAAAUCAUAGAUCUAUUUGCAACAUCUCUGUAUAUAUCCAAGUAGUGCCGAGAAAUACACUUUACCUACACAUCUUUGACCAGAAAUAACAGCAACACUUGAUACACUCCAAAAUGACAUAUCGUAUAGAUUAUGCUGAUAGUUGGUCACUUUGUGGCAUGUGUACGUACUGGCUAGAUUUUCACCGUCUUGAAAGCGACUGUGAAAAAACUUUUCUCAACCGUUGAAGGCAGAUUUGAGUAACGGAUAACGAAACAGGUCACGUCGCGCCCCCCCCCCGGAUUUUGGCG